GUUUUGCCUGGGGCGGGGUGGAGCAGAGCCGGAAGCAGGAGGGGAGAGUCAAACAGGAAAAGAAGGGAAUAAGGAAGAAGAGGGUAGAGGAGGAGAGGGAGGAGGAGGAGGAGGAGGGAGGUGGCGGCGCCGUGGCGGAGGAGCAGGAGCAGGAGGGGGAUGGAGAGGAGAAGGCUCCUGGGUGGCAUGGCGCUCCUGCUCCUCCAGGCGCUGCCCAGCACCCUGUCAGCCAGGGCUGAACCCCCGCAGGAUAAGGAAGCCUGUGUAGGUACCAACAAUCAAAGCUACAUCUGUGACACAGGACACUGCUGUGGACAGUCUCAGUGCUGCAACUACUACUAUGAACUCUGGUGGUUCUGGCUAGUGUGGACCAUCAUCAUCAUCCUGAGCUGCUGCUGCGUCUGCCACCACCGCCGAGCCAAGCACCGCCUUCAGGCCCAGCAGCGGCAACAUGAAAUCAACCUGAUCGCCUACCGGGAAGCCCACAAUUACUCAGCGCUGCCAUUUUAUUUCAGGUUUUUGCCAAACUAUUUACUACCUCCUUAUGAGGAAGUGGUGAACCGACCUCCAACUCCUCCCCCACCAUACAGUGCCUUCCAGCUACAGCAGCAGCAGUUGCCUCUACAGUGUGGCCCUGCAGGUGGCAGCCCUCCAGGCGCUGAUCCCACCAGGGGUUCUCCAGGGGCACAGAGCAGCCCCUUGUCUGGGCCCAGCAGAAGCAGCACAAGACCCCCAAGCAUCGCUGACCCUGAGCCCUCUGACCUGCCAGCUGACCAAGCAGCCACCAAAGCCCCUGGCAUGGAGCCCAGUGGCUCCGUGGCUGGCCUGGGGGAGCUGGACCCAGGACCCUUCCUGGACAAGGAUUCAGAAUGUAAGGAGGAGCUGCUGAAAGAUUACAGCUCUGAGCAUGGCAGUGCACUCCCCGACAACAAAGACAAGACACCUGGGAGACAUCGCCGCUUUACAGGUGACUCGGGCAUCGAAGUGUGUGUGUGCAACCGGGGCCACCAUGAUGAUGACCUCAAAGAGUUCAACACGCUCAUCGAUGAUGCUCUGGAUGGGCCCCUGGACUUCUGUGACAGCUGCCAUGUGCGGCCUCCUGGUGACGAGGAGGAAGGCCUCUGCCAGCCCUCCGAGGAGCAGGCCCGAGAGCCUGGGCACCCCCACCUGCCACGGCCGCCCGCAUGCCUGCUGCUGAACACCAUCAACGAGCAGGACUCGCCAAACUCCCAGAGCAGCAGCUCCCCCAGCUAGAGCAGGCCCUGCCUGUGCUCAAGAACUCGGCAAAGUAAUCAGGGUCGGGGAGAACCACAAGAGAAGCAUUAAGUGACUUUCAGAGAAAGUGGUACAGCCACUUUGUUCCUCUUUUUUUUUUUUUUUUCCUUCUCUCCUGCAUUUUCCUACAUCUCCAGGUACAGUUCGGGGUGUGGAUGCCUCUUCCCCCACAAAAGCACCGUGUUGUGGAAGGAUGAGAAUUUGGUUCUGUGACUCAUUCCUCAUACCCCACACUCACCCCCUCAUUUUAAGUCAUAUCUCACCUACCUGUUUGGGUCAGAGAGAGAUGUGUUUUCAAAGCCCCCAAUGACGGAGGCUGGGACUGUGCCCUGAGAUGAUUCUUGGUGAUGGAGUGGAUUUAUGCUCUGAUAAUAGUUUAAGAGAACUUUGCUGUGUCUCAGCCCAGGAGAGGCAGCCCAUCUUGGCCCUGAGUGAAGAAGGAAGCCCACAGAGGCCCAGGGUUUGUUACCUGUGGCUGCCAAGGUCUACAGAGCCAGAAUUGAGCUAAUCCUAUGGGACGACGAGAGCUGAUGGGCAGUUGAUGGUAGAUUGGUAGGAGGCUUGCUGAUCUCAAAUUCCAGGUGACAAGAUAGAUGCACCGUGUGCAUCCUUGAUGGGCCCCUUCCCAACAGCCUCUCCCUGGCUGCAGACUGGUUCAGGUGUAGAAGAUUAUACUGCCUUCUCUUUGGUUUUUCUUUUAAAAACAAACAACAAAAGAGCUGAAAACAAGAAUGUUACCAGUGGGCACGCAAAAAUUCUCUUCUGGAAGAGGAAAGUUUGUGGCUCUUUCCCAAGUUGACCUUCAAAGAUCCCGGCUGCGUUUGAGCCAGAGGGGAGAUAUUUUGUGUGAAGGCUUGGCUGGGGGUUAUCUUUGGGACUUCUGUGGGCAGGAGGCCCCAGUGGCUGUGGGGAGAGGUGCUGCUCUCUGCAUCUCUGCCUUUCGGUCUGUGCCCACAGGUGACCAGCAUCAGCAGAGAACACACUCUGCCGUCUCCCUGUUCCAUGUGAACAAAUGGACCGAGGAAGCUGUGGGGCCUGAGAAAGGGCAACCCCACAGCCUGGCUCUCACACAGUAUUUUGUCUUUGAUCUGAAUAAGUUUUUUGGGGGGUGGGGGACGCGGUUGUUGUUGUUUGUUUUAAAAUGACCACUUGGAAGAAAUACCUUAGGUAUCUGUGGUUUUCCUGCCCUGUCCCUGCCACUACCACUUUGGAGUGGGCACCUCAUUUUUCUGUAGCCUAUGUGAAGAGUCUGAGUGGCCCAGGUAGGAGGUGAGAGCGGCCAUCCAGAAGGCCGCAGGAUCCUUAGGACAAUGUUUGGCUUCAGGUGACCAGUUGAGCUUGGUUAGGAAUAAUCCAAAUGGAGAAAGCAAACAGCCGAAACUAACAUUCCCCAUACAGCCCUAUUCACGUGAAGAGUUUGGUUCUUUCCCCACUCUUGAAUGAUGACAUUCAGACAAGGCAUUGAUGUUAUGGUAAGAAAGGAAGAAGAAAAAUAUACAUAUAUAUAUAUAUAUA